AUGAGGGUGGCAGGCAUCAUCCGGUUCCUGGCACUGUUCGCCACACUGCUGGGCUGCUGGUUCAUCGCACAGAUGUACUUUGAGCGCAGCGGGAGGUCCAUCAGCCUGCGGAGCUGGCUGGGUGCCACCGGCAAGCCCAGGAGCAGCCAGCAGCUGCCCCGACACAAGUGCGGGAACCAGCGGAGCUGCCCCACCAAACAUUUUGCCUUCAAGAUCAUCAGCGGCGCCGCAAAUGUGGUGGGACCCUCCAUCUGCUUCAAUGAUGAGGUCCUCAUGAGCAACGUGAAAAACAACGUUGGCAGGGGCCUGAACAUCGCCCUGGUGAAUGGAACAAGCGGGCAGCUCCUGAAAACAGCCUCCUUCGACAUGUACCUUGGAGAUGUCACACGACUGGAGACCUUCCUCCAAGAGAUCAAGGAUGGCACUGUCAUACUGGUGGCCACCUACGAUGACGCUGCCACAAAGAUGAAUGACAAAAUACGGAGACUUUUUUUGGCACUGGGCAGCAGCUACAUAAACCAUCUGGGCUUUCGGGACAACUGGAUCUUCUUAGGGGCAAAAGGGCUGCAAGGCAAGAGCCCCUUUGAAGAGCACAUCAAAAACGACCAGAAAACAAAUAAAUAUGAUGGCUGGCCUGAGCUGCUGGAGAUGGAGGGCUGUGCCCCCAAGAAGCAGGAUUAG